GUAGCCUAGCGCUGGCCAGGGAGGUUUAACCCAAAGAUCCCGGCCUUCCCUUCCCCUAACCCCUUUGGCUCCACUUGCCAUAGCACAGGCGGCUUUCCUCCCAGCCCCUCUCCUCCCUCUCUCCCUAUCAACCAACCAUUGAAUCAGUGAAGCCUAGGCUGAUCUUUCCACAUGGCUCUUCAGAAAAUAUUUGGUUGGUGGAAGAAGGACCAGAAAAAAAUACACUAACCUAGAUUUAAAAAACAACCCGUAGAGAGACAAGUUUUUUUAAAAAAAAUCGUAUUUAAAUGUAAUGAGGAGAGGGGGAUAUUGUUAUUACAGGCAGAUGAAAAUGAAAGCGGACAAACUAAUUCCUACUGUCUAUACACACACACACACACACACACACACACACACACACACACACACACAAAGCGAUCAGCGGUUAUCUUAGCUAGAUCUCAAAACAGAGAGGGACGGUGCUAGUGUGAGGAUUUGGGUUUGGGCAUGGUUUUAAAAAGAAAAGGUGGAAAAGAAGCCAUUAAAGCCCCUUCUUUGAACUCCACGGAGAUCCUUCAAGGAAUCUGCCCAUCUUCUCCUUUGGCUUGUUUGGAGGGCCCCCGAUCUCGCAAACCAAAGAAGAAGAACCCCAACAAAGAAGACAAGCGUCCCAGGACAGCCUUCACGGCGGAGCAGCUGCAGAGACUGAAAGCGGAGUUUCAGACUAACAGAUACUUGACGGAGCAAAGGAGGCAGAGCCUGGCUCAGGAACUCAGCCUCAACGAGUCUCAGAUCAAAAUCUGGUUUCAGAACAAACGAGCCAAAAUCAAGAAAGCCACUGGCAACAAGAACACCCUGGCGGUGCAUCUAAUGGCACAAGGACUGUACAACCACUCCACCACAUCAAAAGACGGCAAGUCAGACAGUGAAUAGAAAGGGGGCCGGGGGACGGCUGGGGAAGGGGGCAAGUUUCAGUCAAAGUUUAUACAAUGCAAUAAUUUAAUUAAAAAUAAGGGCCAGUGUAUAAAGAUUAAACCAGCAUUAAUAGUGAAAAUAUUGUGUAUUAGAUAUAAUUCUGCAAUAUUCUAUGUAUAUAUAAUUUACAGGUAAGGUGUAAAAAUCCAAAAUAUCUGAUUAUAAAAUAUUUUUGAGUUUCUUUUUAUUUUGGUUCUAUGGAGAUUUUAGAUGGUAUCUUUAUGAGUUUUUUUAAAGCUUAAGUUACCUUUUUAUAGACUUAAGCGCUGUUUUAAUGGACAUUGGACAAUGUUUUUUGAAAUUCAAAAAAAUUAAAAACAAUUUUUGCUGAAGUCCAAAGAUUUUUAUUGCUGCAUUUCACACGACUGUGAACCGAAUAAAUAGUUCUCCCAUUUGUUCGAUGAGUUUUUACCAUUUCUUUUUUGUGUUUGGCUUUGGGGAUAGAAAACGAUUCAAUUUUUUAAAAAGGUUAACAGGGAAAGAAACCCCAAAGCUUUGUAUUAACAAAAAAAAGUCCAAGAGCCUUUCUUUAAUUUGCCCUCGCUUCUUCAUUGGGUUGGGCUCAAUCAAAGACUGGAGGGUUUACAGUGACUCUGAAAAAGCUGGCCAGCAAGGGAUAGAGGAGAUCAAGAAGGAGUUCAUUUGGCGCUUCGUUGUUUGUUUAUUUUCCUUUCCUCGUAGCUUGGUUGGGAAACUUUUGAAGUAAACAUCACAACUUCCGGGAGUCUGUCAUAGGAAGUGAACAAACAAAACACCCUUUUCCAUAUGAAGGAGCCUUUUCUUUUGAGUCUUUUGCCGUAUGUGUGCGCGUGCAGCCAGAGAGUGCAAACAGACACACAUCCCAGUUCCCGUUAGUUCGGCGCAUUUUGGUAGCUUAGACGCUGCUUCUCUUUACCCCCGGAAGGCGUUGUCCUCUAGCUGGCGAUCAAGAAAGUAGCCUGGGAUGACUUUUGCGAAAAGCUCUGGUUUGUCUCGGACAAAUCUGCACCAGGCCGCAGGGCAGAGCUGCUGGCGUUUGAAGUUAGGGGGUUCGGAGCGCCGGCUGCCCAGAGACAGACCAAAGUUGCAGACUGUCGUGGGAAGAACAGGUUCUCGUCAACAGCUGACUGAGAACUGGUGGGCUUCCUGUCGUAUACAUUAGAAUACGUCUCUUUAAACUCUCCUACUUGUACUACUGCUGAGUAUACAGGGUACUGAAAGCAAAAAAUGAGUAGCAUGGCGAUCGGGUGAAGAACUUAUCAAACUUAUUGGAUGAAAAACUGGUAAACCCAUCAACUCUGGAUCUGAACUGGAAAAAAAACAGACUGAACAAAGACUAUAUACAAAAUGCAUCCAUAAAGCCUCUUCCUGUCUCAUGGCCUCCAUACGGGCAGUGUUGGGCCAGGAAAAGAACAAAUCAGGAGGGAUAGAGGACUAGGGGGAAAGGAGAAGUGGGGGCAUUUAUUUCAGCACCAUCAACCCCUAUUAUAUAAGUAAUUCAUAAGCAGGGAGAGGGAUCUCAAAUGUCCUGUUUUGGUUAGAAAGACAGAGGAGCCCGUCACAAGCUGUGGUAUUGUAUUUAAAAAAGUAGCCUAAUAUUACCCAAUGAGGCGGUGAAGAAUAUUUGUCAGUCUAGAAUAUAGGACAGGCUUUAAAUCAGACGUAUCUAUUCAACUGAAUAGUAAAUAUGAAGGGACAGUCAGUGUAAAUAAAACAUUUCUUGGCAUUUGGGUUUUGGUUUAUUUCCCCCCUUGCAAUUUAGGUUUCCGAUUUGAAAACAUGGUACCGUGUAAACUAAGUAUUUUCAAGGUUUGUAGGGUACUUUCAAUAGUUCUCCCCGUUCUAGAUCCCCUCGGUUUGGAAUAAAGUGUCCAAAAUGUUGGCCAGGACCAGAAGGCACCCCCAGUGGGUGCGUAUUGUACAAUAAUUCAGGACUGUAGUCUCCUUGAUGAUUGAGGGUGAAUUUAUCGCUUUGCCUUAAAACCUUCUUUAUUUCACAGCUAUAAUAGACAAACAUUGUACAUAUUAGCAUAAACUUUAAAAAAGAAGCAAACUAUAAGAUAAAAGCUGUAAUUUUAAAUUCUGUGAAUAAUCAUCAGCUGCUUAGGAGACUGGAUUAAAUGACAUUGCCUUUUAGCAAGAAAGCAAAGAUUUUUUUUCAGUUUAUAAAACGUGCAUUUUACAAUUGCAGUAUCAAAUAUUUAUAAUCUUAUGAAAUAUGAAUGUUUCUAUUUACAACUGUGGUCUCAAAAUUGUGAACAUUCUCACUGCAUUUUGUGUGUUUAAAUUCUUGAACAUUGCAUUAAAUAAAACACUUUAUUAUG